AUGACUGAUUCAUCCCUGACUCCAGCCUACGCUCGGGAAUUGGAUCUCUUGCAACAAGAAUUGGCCACUCAUAACCCCACGGAUGUAUUGCAGUUCUGUGCCAAUUAUUUCAACUCAAAAUUAGAAUUACAGAGAUGUCAUCUAUGGCAACAAGAAGCUAAAGCUCAAGCUGCAGGUAUAAACUUAUUUCCUGCGGUUUCUGUCAACUCUUCAAAUGCUGCUUCAAGAUUAUUAUCUUCCUUAACAAAGCAACCUUCUUUCAAGUCCCCCUUUUCCGACAAUGAUCCACAUGCCAAUCAUCAUGAUGAUCCAUUAGGUGGUGCUCCCGCUCCUGGUAGUGCAAUUACAGCAGCUGAACCAAAUGCUCCAGAUUCAUCAGCAAACUUGUUCAAAUCUUAUAACGUUGGUAAAACUUCUGCUAAACAUGUCCAAGACGCCCCUGAUCCCAAUGAUCCAACAACUGAAACUGGUUCUUCUAAGAAUACUUCAUCUUCUGCAUUCUCUUCCUUCUCCAAUAAGGCUGCAAGUGGAUUCAAAUUCGCUCCAAAGUUCCCCAUUGCAUUUAAUGCCAACAGAAGAACUUCUGUUUCUGCAGAAACGAUCAACCCCAAUAUUUUCAAAUCUUCAGAUUGGAAACCUCCUGUGAAUGAUUUAACACCAGAACAAAGAGAAGAAUUGGCUGGGAAUUUGGCUUCUAACUUUUUAUUUAGACAAUUGGAUGCCAAUUCCAAAAAGACGGUGGUUGCUGCAUUAACCAAGAAACUCUUUGCUAAAGACUCUGAAAUCAUUAAACAAGGUGAUGAAGGAGAUUACUUUUAUAUUAUUGAAAGUGGUACUGUGGACUUUUAUGUCAAUGGAACCAUGGUUUCUUCAGCUGGUGAAGGUGCAUCAUUUGGUGAAUUGGCUUUGAUGUAUAAUUCACCAAGAGCUGCAACUGUUGUGGCUACUUCUAAUGUUACAUGUUGGGCUUUGGACAGAUCUACAUUCCGUCAUAUUAUUUUGGAGGGUACGUUUAAUCGUAGAUUGAUGUAUGAAGAUUUCUUAAAAGAUGUUCCAAUAUUGAAGGUUCUUUCAAAUACUGAAAGAUCCAAAUUAGCUGAUGCAUUAUCUUCAGAAAUCUUCCAUAAAGGUGAUCAAAUAGUUAAAGAAGGUCAACAAGGUGAAAACUUUUAUUUUAUUGAAAGUGGUAACUGUAAUGUUAUCAAGGAAGGUGAAGGAGUAGUUGCUAAAUUGGGUAAAGGAGAUUAUUUUGGUGAAUUGGCAUUAUUAAAUGAUAAGCCAAGAGCUGCAACAGUUGAAGCUGUGGAUAAUGUAAUCGUGGCUACUUUAGGUAAAUCCGGUUUUUCAAGAUUAUUAGGACCUGCUGUUGAAGUAUUGAAACAACAAGAUCCAACUGCUCAUUAG